AUGAGGCAGCUUGCAGAGGAACAAAGAGGCCGGAUAGCUGCUGCCGCUGUAGCAGGAGGGACCACGAUGAUCAUGGACUUUGUCAUCCCCCAAAAGGGAAAGUCUCUCCUGGAGGCCUAUGACUGUUGGCGUAAGACAGCUGACCCCAAAGUUUGCUGUGACUACUCGCUGCACGUGGCCGUUACGUGGUGGAGUGACAAGGUCAAAGAAGAGAUGCAGACACUGACCAAAGAGAAGGGAGUCAAUUCCUUUAAGAUGUUUAUGGCCUAUAAAGAUGUGUUCAUGCUGGAGGACUCUGAGCUAUAUGCUGCCUUCUCCCAGUGUAAGGAGAUCGGAGCUAUAGCUCAGGUGCAUGCUGAGAAUGGAGACCUAAUUGCAGAGGGGGCUAAGAAGAUGCUGUCUAUGGGCAUCACGGGGCCCGAGGGCCAUGAGCUGUGUCGGCCGGAGGAGGUGGAGGCAGAGGCCACCCAGAGGGCCAUCACCAUCGCCCACGCCGCCAACUGCCCGCUGUAUGUGGUUCAUGUCAUGAGCAAAUCAGCUGCCAAGGUGGUGUCUAAUGCCCGCAGAGAUGGGCGUGUGGUGUUCGGGGAGCCUAUUGCAGCUGGAUUGGGUACUGACGGUACUCACUACUGGCACAAAGAGUGGGCCCAUGCUGCUGCUUUUGUCAUGGGUCCUCCCCUCAGACCUGACCCCAGCACCCCUGGGUACCUCAUGGACCUACUGGCCAAUGAUGAUCUCAGCGUGACAGGGACAGACAACUGCACCUUCUCUGUGUGCCAGAAGGCUCUUGGCAAAGACGACUUCACCAAGAUCCCCAACGGAGUGAAUGGAGUGGAGGACAGGAUGUCUGUCAUCUGGGAGAAAGGAGUGCACAGCGGCAAAAUGGACGAGAAUCGAUUUGUAGCUGUCACCAGCAGCAACGCAGCGAAAAUCUUCAACUUCUACCCGCAGAAAGGCCGCAUUGCCAAGAACUCGGAUGCUGAUGUGGUUAUAUGGGACCCCAAGAUGACAAGGAAGAUAUCGGCCAAGACCCACCACCAGGCUGUGGACUACAACAUCUUCGAGGGCAUGGAGUGCCACGGCGUCCCCGUCAUCACCAUCUCUGGAGGCAAAGUGGUCUAUGAGCAGGGGCGGUUAACGGUGUCACCAGGGCAUGGAAAAUUCAUCCACAGAAAACCCUUCUCUGAAUUUGUUUACAAAAGAAUCAAGCAAAGGGAUCAGGUGGGGAAACCUAUAGCUGUGAUCAGAAAGCCCUAUGAAGGCAAAGUCAUUUCUGUAUAAAGAACUGACCCAGAACAUGAAAGGCACCUUCAAUCUCCAGCUGUGUGUCUCCAGUACGAUCCAGAAGAUACCUUCUACAUGUGACUGUUUUAACGAAUUUCUGUUUGUCAUGCAUAUAUUAUUCAAUCAUUUAAAUCCCUGUAUGCAAUAAAAACGGCUAUGAUCUUUAGGUCAACUCUGAUCAACACCAAGGUUAAUGUACUGUUGGCAGAUAAUACCUUUGUUAUAUUUGUUCAACUGUGUGUGGUUUCCAGGUCAGCUCUGCUCGGUACACAGGUCAGUAGAACCCACUGUGCUGCUGGAAAUUUUAUUUGCUCUAACAUACAAUAUGCAAUC